AAACAAUAUACCUCACAUGCUCUUUCAAUCUUGUUCAGCCACUCUGGCCGUGACUAUUUAUACUAUCUCAGUAUGACAGAUACUGAGGAGGGGCCAGCUACCACUUCGGCUUCGCUUCAACCGCCGCGGGGUGCACUGGUGGGGACGCCGCCUGCAGACACAGCGCAACGUGGCCUGGUUGAGGUCGAUGAUAACCUUAUAAACGAUACGGACUCGGCUAUUGAUGACACUUUUGAAAAGUUCCGUCUACACGGCGUCCCUAGCCUCGAGCGUCGUCAACUAUCCAAUCGAACAUGGUCGUCGAUAUCAUGCCUACCGAGCUGGCAGGUACUCGCGGCCAAACGAUGAGAUGGAGAUGGAUCGCCUCCUCCUUAUUCAUGAUAUAAUUACGAAACUCAUUGGUGGGCUGUAUCUCGCUCCGAUCGAUAAGACCAAGACACAUCGCGUUCUAGACAUUGGAACCGGAACGGGAAUAUGGGCUGUCUCGAUCGCCGAUGCAUUUCCGGCAGCAAUUGUCAUUGGAAACGAUCUCAGCGCUAAUAUGCCUAACCUCACCCCGCCAAAUGCCAGGUUUGAGAUUGAUGAUGUGGAAAGCCCGUGGUUUUAUGAGGCCAAGUUUGAUUGGAUAUUCUGCAGAUAUAUGGCUGCCAGCAUCUACGACUGGCCUAAGUUGGUAAACAACAUUUUUGAAAACCUGGAGCCAGGGGGCUGGGCAGAGUUCCAGGACUUCGACUUACAAUACUACUCAGAGGAUGGCUCCUUGGCAGAUGAUGACCCACUGUUGGUCUGGAUCUCUACACUCCUCGACGCCGCGCGAUCGCUAAAGAGAGAUCCCAACCCCGGGUCAAAACUAGAGGGUUGGGUGAAAGAUGCUGGUUUCGAGAAUAUUGUCCACAAGCGAUAUAGAGUGCCCAUCGGACCGUGGCCUAAGGAUCCCACGCUGAAGCAAAUCGGCGCACACAACUACAUGCAAAUCAACGGCGGGCUCGAGGGAUUGACCUUGAGACUGUACACGAGCGUCUUGCACUGGAAGGAGGACGAGAUCUUGGUUUUUCUGUCACAAGUACGGAAGAGCCUGAAGAAUCCAAACGUCCACGCAAUGUUCGACCUUCAUGUCGUCUACGGUCAGAAGCCCGAGGAAUAGGCCUCUAUACCUGUUUUCCUUUUUUUCGUAGUAUCCCCCGUUGAGCAUAUUAGACAAAUUGCAUCGCCUUACUUUAUCGUAGUUUUAAGUUCAGAAUAUGGAAGUGAUAGGAUCCUGUUGACAUCUGAAGACACG